AUGGAGGAUUUGAUCUCCACAGCGAAAAAAGAGGUGUUAGUUGAAAUGGUGAAGCUGGCGCAGAAGAGAGAGAUGGCAGGGAGCAAAGGUCAAUGGAAAGAAUUUUUGAAGUUUUAUGAUAAGAAGUUUGGAUCAAGCUUGAGUGACCCGUCCCGCAGGUCCAUUGAUUCGUUGGUCGCAUUUUUGAAAACCUUCGAGCAAGAUGAGGAUUUGAAACUUUUCAAGAAAGUAGUUCAAUGUCACUCCAACCGUGCCUUGGUGGAGGAGUUGAAGAAAGAAAACCCUGAUUCAGAAACAGCUGAACAGGAGUUAGUCCGUUUGACUCUCGAACAUCCUCUGUACCCAGUUGAAUAUUCCUUCCCCUCGCACGAGGAGGAAUGGGGGGUCGUAAAAUGCAGUGAAAAGUCAAAGGCCAAGAAGUCUGCACAUUUGAUUUCCAUUGACUGUGAGAUGGUCCUUUGUGAAGAUGGCACUGAAGCAUUGGUGAAGGUGUGCGCUGUCGACCGCAAUUUACAGGUUAAGCUUGAUAAAGUUGUGAACCCAAAUAAAGCAAUUGCUGAUUAUCGGACAGAUAUAACUGGAAUCUCUGCGAAGGAUUUAGAUGAAGUUACUCAUUCGUUGAAAGAUGUCCAGAAAUCUGUGAAGAAAUUGUUGAGGCAUGGCACAAUUUUGGUUGGCCACAGUGCGAAUAAUGAUCUUCAAGCUUUGAAGGUAGACCACACAAGAGUGAUAGACACAUCGUAUAUCUUCAAGCAUGCCAAGUCCAACAGAAAACCUUCUUUGAGUUUGUUGUGUAAGACCAAGUUAGGUUAUGAGCUCCGGGAAAAGGGAAAGCCACACAAUUGUCUAGAUGAUGCUUGUGCCGCCAUGAAGCUCGUCUUGGCCAGAUUGGAGGGAAAAAUUGAUAGUGUAAUAAUAAGUGAUGAGGUGAAAGAGUUGGACGUGGCCAAGUUGCUUGUGCAUAGAAUCCCUUUUAACAUUCUUAGCACAGAUUUGAAGAGCUUGCUACCUGGUGAUUGUACUAUUGAAGUGAAGGUGGGUAUCAAAGUCAAGAACACAUAUUCGGCCUUUGCAAUUUACAAAAGUCAGCAAGAAGCAAUUGAAGCUUUUGAGAAUCUUGAAGGUGAUUUUGCAAAGGACUCAUAUGGGCGACCUCAGAAGCUUGUGAAUUUCGAGCUCGAUUCAGGAGAAACUGUUACUUUGUGUGUGUGUAAAACUUUUGAGGAUGAUGCUGUUGGCCUGCUAUCGAAGAAGAGGUUGGGCGAAGAUGAGAGCGUUGGCAAAUCAAAGAAGUUGAAAACCGACCAAACGUCUCGACAGCUUGAGGAUUCCACCAAUCAGUGUGACGCACAUCUGGAAGAAAUUGGAAGAUUAAAGAAAGAACUAAAACAGAGAGACAAGGAAAUUUCAAGCUUGAAUAAAAUAAUUGCUGCACUUGCUAGAAAACAAGGGCUUUGA